ACAGAUGAAGUGGGGUGUCAUAAUUUUCUAACAAUUUUAAAUUUCACUGUUAUCGAUUGCAACUCGUUUAAUGUGUAUGUGUAGGAAUAUUAAGCCCAUAAAUUGAAUAAAAAUGUUAAAUUCAUUUUUUAGAGGCCUAUUGGGCACUGAAGAGUCCCCGACAAAGGUAAUAGAAGUGCGUUCAGACAAUUAUGUUUCAAGACCGAUACACUACAGAGAAGAUUCUAUGUUAUUAUACGGCCCUAAAAUCCAGGAUGGGAAGAAUAAUUCGAAGGACAAGUUUUUUGAAAUUAUUCUAUACAAGCCAUUCACAGAGAGCACACAUCAGAUGUACAGUUUGUUUCGGUCGGAAAGCCAAGAAAGUGCAGAGGAGAAGUUUAUUGUGUACAAAGAGAGAAUACCAGUUUACAUCAAAAUAACUAAAGAAUGCACAAUAGCAAGUCUCCAAAAACUAUGCGACACACUAUCCGAGCACCAGUCAUGGUCCAUAGCUCACUUAGCCGCCCACUUUGGACUCUACGAGCUGUUUAAUGACCCCGAGGUCCAGGGGCAUCUGAAUGAGGUGGACCCGGCCACUGGAGCUACACCGUUGAUGGUGGCGGUAAAGUCGUGCAACGUCCGCAUGGUCCAAAGCCUGGUCUCCCUACAAUGUUCCCUGGACACUGUCGAUCUAGAUGGCAACACAGUGUUCCAUUACGCUGCGGCCAGCAACAAGGAGAUCAUCAAUGCGCUUGCCAGCAAAUCAGCGUCGUCCCUCAACGUGUACAACAAGCAAGGAUACACGCCACUACACAUGGGCUGCCUCGCCAACGCGCCCGACUGCGUGCGGGCGUUGCUAUUGGCCGGGGCCGAUGUCAAUCUGCCGGCUAAGCGGCAGUCGACUGCUAAUACCACCACCGCAAUACCGAUACCGGGUAUCGUCGGCGACGUACUACAAGACAACCUUCCCAAACUAUACCAGCAAGACAUGAAGUACGGCGGCACGCCUCUGCACUGGUCCGUCUCUCGCGAAGUCAUCGAAGCCUUGGUGGACAAGAACUGUGACAUCAACGCGUUGAACUUUGACGGUCGGACCGCGUUACAUAUCAUGGUUUUAAGGGGGAGAUUGGAGUGCGCUAUAGCGCUGUUGUCUAGAGGCGCGGAACACUCCAUAACAGAUAACGAAGGAAACACCCCCCUACACUUAGCAGUGAAACAGACGAACAUAUCUUUAGUCGAAGCACUGAUAGUGUUCGGUGCUGACUUAGAAGCGCUAAAUAAUUCUGGCUACACCGCCCGACAUAUGGUGCCUUGUGAGAUGUCCAGUAGUAACUAUGACAAGAUAUUGUAUGUGCUACACGCUGUAGGAGCUCAGAGAUGUCCAGCAGAAGUUGCCGGGUGCGGGCCGGGCUGCGCGGCCCGCGGGGACUACAACGGCGUCCCCCCGCCCAGCGUGCCGCGGCCCGCCUCGCGUGACGUCAUCAGCCACAUGCUCAGCGUCGCCGCCAUGGAGCGCGCCGCCAGCCUGCCCACUAGCGGCAAGCAGGGACGCCUCCUCUGCCUCGACGGCGGCGGUAUCCGCGGUCUAGUCCUAGUCCAGAUCCUGAUCAACCUAGAGGCCGCUAUCGGCCGCCCCAUCAUACACUGCUUCGACUGGGUAGCUGGCACCAGCACUGGAGGGAUCCUCGCUUUAGCUCUGGCCAGUGGAAAGACGCUGAGAGACUGUCAAAGACUGUAUUUCCGUAUGAAGGAAUACGCUUUCGUCGGUAUGAGGCCAUACCCUUCAGAAGCUUUAGAGACCAUCUUAAAGGAUAAUUUAGGUACGGAAACCGUGAUGGCCGACCUGACUCAUCCGAAGCUGAUGAUCCUCGCGUUGUUGGCAGACAGGAAACCGGUGGACUUGCAUAUAUUCAGGAACUACCAGUCAGCGCAGGAAAUCCUGGACGCGCAUAAUAAGAUUAGUCCGCGUGUGAGCGAGGCGGGCGACGCGAUAGGGCUGGCGCCGCCGCCGCCGCCGAGCCAGCAGCUGGUGUGGCAGGCGGCGCGCGCCACCGGCGCUGCGCCCUCAUACUUCACCGCCUCGGGCAGAUAUCUCGACGGUGGUUUAAUGGGGAACAAUCCCACGUUAGACGCUUUGUCAGAGCUCGCAGAAAUGCGACUAGCGCUGCGAGCCACCGGGCAAAUAGAGGAAGCUCGCAAAACUGACUUGAAAGUUGUGGUUUCGUGUGGAACAGGUAGAAACCCGCUGACCAAGAUCAAAGACUUCGACGUUUUCAAGCCGGAGAGCGUGUGGGGCGUGGCCAAGCUGGCCUGGGGACUAUCCGCCAUUGGCAAUCUUCUGGUUGAUCAGGCAACACAAUCCGACGGUCGCGUAGUCGAACGCGCCCGCGCCUGGUGUUCCACACUCGGCGUCCCCUACUACCGUUUCUCGCCGCCCAUGUCCAAGGACGUCGCUAUGGACGAGCGGUCGGACGAGCUGCUAGUGCGCAUGUUGUGGGAGACGCACGCGUACAUGCGCGAGCACCGCGACCGCGUCGCCGAGCUGGCCGCGCUGCUCGCCGAGCCCGACUACCGAGAGAAACAAGCGGCAAAAUAAUGUUAGUCUGCAAUCGUGUAAGUACCAUAAAUACUUAACAGGUGAAUUAUAACUAGCUGGCGGAAUAGAUUAACUUAAAUAUUAUAGAUUAUUUAUGUAUAUAGGAAAGUUAUACAUACAAUACGUUUAGUGAAAUGUAUUUUAUUGCUAUAUCAAUGAUAUAUGAUACAUAUUUUAGCUAUGUUGUAUGUUCAGCCAACAAAUACGGUUUAACGCACUGACAAAAAUUACGUGUUUUUUGGUUUAAGUUAGUAUGACUCACAACAGUUUAAAUUCAAUGUUGUAUGUUUGUAUAAAGGCUGAUUUAGACGGCGCGUGAACUCGCAUGCGAUUUUAGUUCCAUCGCAGACUGGUGGUUACGUCCAAUUCAACCGACCGAUCAAAACCCGCAAUGUAAUGAAACUCGCAUGCGAGUUCUCGCAUCGUCUAAAUGGGCCCUUAGUUACAGGUAGCUUUCGCAUAACAUUUUGUUUAGUGUAUUCGUUCGGGUAUUUAAUAGUAGGUAGCAGAUCUCUGUUGUGCUGUGUUAAAUGUAACAUUUUAAUUUUCAAAUUUUUGCAUGUGACAUGAACUGCAUAAAACAUCUAAUAAAUACAGAAAGUUGAAAUCCUUUGUAGUUCAAGUAUUUGCAGGUUAAGUUAAAGCUUUUCAAAGCUUCCUAUUUUUGGCGUUAAGUAUUUAUUCAACUAUAUUGAUUCUCCGUUAAUUUUCGUUUUAGUUUCAUAGCUCGUACGUAAACGUACAAAUCUGUUAAUUUAAUUUAUUAUUUUAUGACUUGUUGUUUAGUAGAUAAUACACAGUUAUGAUAUUUUAUUUAUUUUAUACAGGAUGUUUGUGCUACAUCGUUUGCCAAAUUAAAACGGCAGAGAGGUUAAGUUAUUUGCUAUCUUCCCAGGCCUAGAAAUUUUUGAUUUUGCGCACUUUUUUUUUUCAGUUCUAUGCCAGUUUUUCGUAAAUUUCAAAUUUUUACUUGCGCAGUAGUAAAAAAAACAUAGCCAUUUUUUUUCUAGGCAUGAGCAGAUAGCAAAUGACUCAACCUAUCUGCCGUUUUAAUUUGGCAAACGAUGUACCAAACACCUUGUAUAUAAUGGGUAGUUAUUAAACUAGUAUAGGAAUAACUUUAGUUUAGCAUUUUUCACGAAUUAUACCAGAAUAUUAUGAAAAACAGUGUAAAGUAUAUUCUUACUUCUUACCGACCAAUGAAAUAUUUAUUACACACGUAUUCUAAAUAAAAUAUAUGAAAUAUCGAAGAUGAAGGAGGAUAUUAUAACUAUUGACUUGACACAAUGUAAUAACUUAUGAAACUCAUCUUUAUCUACACCAUGUUUUUGUUUAAUUUCCGUUAAUUUUAAGGGUGCAUUCCUGAGCUUAAAUCAAGUAACUUUGUCAAAGACACCGAUAUUCUAAUUAACUCCAUUUAGAAGAUAAUCAUUAUUUAAUUUUUUUCCUAUAAGGCUUCUACAAGCGUGUACACUUGCCUUAGGGCCGGUUUACAUAUUGAUUAGUGUUUAGAAUGAGUUCAUACAUUUGCUACUAAACUUAAGUACAAUCUCGGUCGAUCGAUGUUCGAAAUGACAUUGAUGUGUCACAGAUUUCAAUUGUUUGGUUGAGUUAAAUGUAAUGCCCGUCUUACAACAACGCUACAUGCUACAUUUAAUUACUUUUUAAACUGUUUUUUUUUGAAAAUUAACUAUGCCAUUUAGUUCUCUUAAACGUACUUAACCAUACCCCCAAGUUAACGGAAUUCAAUAAAAACACGGUGUAUUUGACAAUAAAGCCGGAUCUAGACGGGUGUAACGUGUAAUGUAACAUUACGUGUAAUAUAGCGUCAACGUGUGGACGCGCGCUAAGAACCGACCGGCGAUGAAUCCGGCACGAGCGUUAAAUGUUCGUAGUGCCGUCCACACCAGGCGUGUCUCACUCCGCGAUUUCGUCGCUUUGCUACAGGUAGCUAAAAGUACAACCGUUCGCACCCCAAUUUUGGAGAAAGCCAUAAGCCGCGCGUGGCGCUGUCGCCACGUAGCGGCCAUAUCUGUGCUGAUCGUAACAGACGCGUUUUGUUAGGGAGUGAGUCUUCUGUACCUAGUACUAUAAUUUAUUCUGUGUCCACACGCAGAAUUCGUAUUACAUUACACGAUGGAUUACAUUACAUUUUACAGCCGUUUGGACCCGGCUUAAGAAUAAAGCAAUUGUAGCUCUUGUAUAUGUACUAAGUUUGUACGUAUGGCUAGCACAAAUAUGAUUUGUCUAUGUGCAUUUUGUGUAUACAGCCUUAUUGUAUCAAAUUAAUAAAUGAAGAAAUAUAUGUAUGUAAACAAAUUAGUUUAAAGUAUUGAUUUCCCAUCAACAACUACUUUGUUAGACAAUUCACUAUGUAACUAAUAAUCAUACUAAUCACAGGCAAUAGAUUUUAUACUUCAUAUUCUUAGGUUGAAAAUACAAAUUGUAAUCACAUACUAACGUAUAAAUAUUUUUGGCACAAAUGUACCGUUAUUUGCUAUAAAGUAUACAGAUAUUACAUAUGUAUAAUAUCGGACAAUAGUUAACUGCAAGUAUAUUAUUUAUAAGUAAUAUAUAAGUACGUUGAAAUAUUUUACAGUUUGUUCGUUUCUCCUAGAUGCGAAUUUUUUAAAUUGAUUAAUUCAUUUAGAGAAAUUAUAAUGUCUCUUGAUUGACUUAUAUCCAUGACACUAAACGCCACUUGCACCAUUCCACUAACCCGGGGUUAACCGGUUCAACUUGGAGUUACCAUGGUUACCAGUACAAUUUGCCACUGGGUUAACGGGUUAACCACUUAAUUCCGGGUAAGUGGGAUGGUGCAAGUGGACCUAAGUUAGUUAAAUAACGAUUCAAAUAAGUUAAUUUGAAAAAUCGAUGUUUAUUACUGUCGAACAGACACGCUUGUAAUUUUUUUAGGUACAUACCUAUUAUAUGGACUUAUUACUGUAUAUAAGCUCGAGUAAGCACUGAACAUGCUUGUUUAACACUGAUUUAAACUUUCACGAUUAUUUAACAUUAUGAAACUACACAACGGGACUUAAUCGCGUAUUUAAGUUUUAAGAUUUACCUCCGACGUUUCGAGGACGGCGUUGUCCCCGUGGUCUCGGAGAAGGCUGGCUUAAGUUGACAUCAACAUCUUCUAGCCGCGCGAGUUUUUCGAACUACUAUCUUAAAACUUAAAAUACGCGAUUAAGUCCCGUUGUGUAGUUUCAUAAUGCUUGUUUAGUUUAAAUUUAUUUAUUUUUAUUUAUUACCAAAUAAUAUCGAAAUUAAUUUGUAGUCAUAAGAUUAAAAAUAUUUCAAGGAGCAAAUGUGAUAAACCUAGUUAAUUUUAUACUGUUCCUCGGCUGAUAACAAUAAAAA